AUGUAUGUGGAUCCUCAGAAACACAAUGCAGUUAGGAAAUUGGAUAUCGAUACUAUAACCAAGUCCAAUGAAAAUAUAAAUGAAACAGCACCUUCUUCCGACGACAAUAAAAAACAAGAACAACAACAAGAAACACAGACAUUCAAUCUUGAUUCAAUGAAGGAAAGAAAUGAUCAAAUGAAUGUCAGUGAAAGUAAAGAUAACCCCUCAGGUAACGGUCACGGGAAUGAAAUGAUACAAAAACAAAAUGUCCUUGGCAGAACGACGUCAGGGAAAUAUAAUUUACCUGAUUUCCAAAUUAUGAGAACAUUAGGGACAGGUUCCUUCGGUAGAGUACAUCUCGUUAGAUCGAUUCAUAAUGGACGAUUUUAUGCUCUGAAAGUGAUAAAAAAAAACACUGUUGUAAGAUUAAAACAAAUUGAACAUACAAAUGAUGAACGUCGAAUGUUAUCCGUAGUCAAUCAUCCAUUUCUAGUUAGAAUGUGGGGGACAUUUCAAGAUUCAGAACAAAUUUUUAUGAUUAUGGAUUAUAUUGAAGGUGGUGAAUUGUUUUCGUUAUUAAGAAGGUCACAAAAAUUUCCUAAUCCAGUGGCUAAAUUUUAUGCUGCAGAAGUUUGUCUCGCAUUAGAAUACCUUCAUAGUUUGGAUAUAAUAUACAGGGAUUUGAAACCUGAAAACAUUCUUCUAGAUAAGAAUGGUCAUAUAAAGAUAACGGAUUUUGGAUUUGCGAAAUAUGUACCAGACGUCACUUAUACAUUAUGUGGUACACCAGAUUAUAUUGCUCCAGAAGUGGUUAGUAGUAAACCUUACAAUAAAUCCGUGGAUUGGUGGAGUUUUGGAAUACUGAUUUAUGAGAUGUUAUCCGGACGAACACCAUUUUAUGACCGUAGUACAAUAAAAACAUACGAAAACAUAUUAAGUGCUCCGUUGACUUUUCCAUCAUAUCUCCAUGAGGAUGUACAAGAUCUUUUAAAUAGAUUAAUUACAAGAGAUCUAAGUAAAAGGUUAGGUAAUCUGCAAAAUGGAAGUGAAGAUGUUAAAAACCAUGCUUGGUUUAGUGAAGUAAUAUGGGACAAAUUGUUGGCUCGAUGUAUCGAAACACCAUAUGAGCCUCCUAUUAGCCAAGGACAAGGAGAUACAUCACAGUUUGAAAAAUACCCUGAGGAAGAUAUAAACUAUGGUAUUAAAGGUGAUGAUCCAUAUGCUGAUCUAUUCAAAGACUUUUAA